CUUGAUUUGCUCUUUGCCUCUCUUGAUUGUGUCUUAAACAAAGUGAUAGCUAUUUGUCUGCCUUGUCCCAGAUAAGAUUGUUUGAUAUCUAUUAUAACUGUCCUUAAAGGCCUGGAUGUUCACAUCUCUGCUUCUAGAACAACUGUCAAUAUGUUAUUGUUUAGGAAAAAAACACUGUGUGUGAACAUUCAGCUAAAGCCGGGUGACCUUUCACAGGUUUGUGACACUAGCCGCAGAUAAAUCUUCCCCAGAGUGGGAUGUGUUUAAAUAGUAACUAAGACCUUGUGUCUGUAGUAAAUUGCCAGGAACAGAAGAAGCAGACAUAUGUUUGGUGAUGCAUUGCAAAGUGUAGGAGAGUUGUAUUGUCUCCAGCAUUGUGAUUUUAAUUAUUUUGUUACAUUUUUGUCUUGUCUACUUUUUGUCAAGUAUUUGAAAGUCUUCAGGUGGAGGCCCCUGCUGCAUUGAUUGCUGCUCUCACAGCAGCACCGUGGUUGGGUGCUAGGGGGCGCCAUGGAGUCGCUGCGCUGGGUGCAGCAUCGAUGUCGGCGCCUGCUGUUCCCCGAGUCAGGACUGAGCUGGUACUCGCCUGCAGAUUCACCCCCCCAAAAAAACAGGACCACCAGUGGGGAUUCACCCGCUUACAAGCCUGCUGGUAAAAGACGCAUGGUCAUUGCCCGCCAUGGCCCUUACCAGGAUGAAUACUGCAGCAUCUCCAAGGGUUACCAAGGCAACCGCAUCCGCACCACCAAGUACACCAUCCUCAGCUUCAUCCCAAUGAACUUAUUUGAGCAGUUUCACAGGAUUGCCAAUCUGUACUUCCUGUUCCUGGUACUGCUGAACUGGGUGCCAGUGGUGGAGGCUUUCCAGAAGGAGAUCACCAUGAUCCCCCUUGUGGUCGUGCUCGGCAUCAUUGCCUUCAAGGACGCCCUGGAAGACUUCCGCCGCUAUCGCUUCGACAAAGUGAUCAACAACAACAUCACCAAAGUUUACUGCGGGAAGCAGAGGCGAUACGUGGACAAGUGCUGGAAAGACGUGUGCGUGGGUGACUUCGUGCAGCUGGCCUGCAACGAGAUCAUCCCGGCCGACAUGGUGCUGCUGCAGUCCUCCGAUCCGGACGGCGUUUGCCACAUCGAGACGGCCAACCUGGACGGAGAGACUAACCUGAAGCAGAGGCAGGUGGUGCGGGGCCUGGCCAAGCAGGGUUCUGAUGUGAUUCCUGAAAAUUUUGACAGUCGGAUUGAGUGUGAAAGUCCCCACAAUGACCUGAACCGCUUCCGAGGAGUUUUGGAAAACCCCAAUAAAUUGCGAGUGGGUUUGUGCAACGAUAACCUCCUGCUGAGAAGUUGCACUGUCCGCAACACCGAGACCAUCAUCGGCAUUGUUGUCUAUGCUGGCCAUGAGACCAAGGCGAUGAAGAACAACAGUGGACCACGGUAUAAACGCAGCAAGCUGGAGAGGAGGCUAAACACGGACGUCCUCUGGAGCGUGGUGCUGCUGCUUGUGAUGUGCCUGACUGCAGCGAUAGGUCAUGGUUUAUGGUUGAGCAGCCUGAAAAAUCCAGCAUUUAUUAUUCCUGAUGGCAUUUCCCCUGUCUUAGCUGGAUUCUACUUGUUCUGGACCAUGAUCAUAGUCUUGCAGGUGCUGAUUCCCAUCUCCCUAUACGUUUCCAUCGAGAUCGUCAAGCUGGGUCAGAUAUACUUCAUCCAGAAUGACGUAGACUUCCACAGUGGGCGGCUGGCCUCCGGUGUCCAGUGCCGGGCGCUGAACAUCACCGAGGAUCUGGGCCAGAUCCAGUAUGUCUUCUCUGACAAGACUGGCACGCUGACAGAGAACAAGAUGGUGUUCUGCCGCUGCAGCAUUGCGGGCGUGGACUAUCCCCACGAGGACAACGCACGGAGGCUGGAGCUAUAUCGUGAUCAGGACUGCGACGACGACGACGAUGCCGGCCGUCCUACGACGAAGGUGAAGUCGCGGUCCAGCCUCAGGUCGCUCAGCUGCCGCUCUCUGAACUGCAACCACAGUUCAGUGUCCCUGCACACCCUCACUGGCUGUGAAAUGGAGCCCGACCUGCAGACGGAGCCUCUGGAUGGAGGUGCCCCUCGCCAGACGGCCUUCAGCAGCCACAUGGAGAAGGACGUCAUCCCAGAUCCCCAGCUCCUCCACAAGUUGGCUCAGCUCCCGUCGCCAUCACUCCCUCUGCUGUACAGCACAGGAGACUCAUCCCAGGAAAUCCCUUACAUCGUGGACUUCUUUCUGGCGAUGGCCCUGUGUAACACCGUGGUAGUGUCAUCGCCUGGUCUGCUGCUGCCAAAUCUGACACUGGAGGUCCCUCGCAACCCCAUCCGGUCCCUGGAGGACCUCAAGCUGCUGUUUCCUCGUUUUGGGGUCCCCCGCUUCGCAGCGCUCUCUUCCCCAGGGGGGAAUGGUUUGCAGGAGGCGGAGAGCCCCUCUAACUUUACUCAGAGACUGCUCUUCCGGAUGAAGGGCUCUGCCUCAUCCUUCGCUCUGCCAAAGGUGGAUGUAGGAGAAGGGGAGGACUCUCCAGUCAGAGCCCCCAGUCCAGCUCAGGUGGAACUGGGUGCUCUGGUUUCGGAGGCGGCUGAGGCAGAGCCCUGGCUGGAGGUGGAGUCUGGUGGGGACGGCGGGCCGGACCAAGACGAAGCAGAGGAGCUGAUGUACGAGGCGGAGAGUCCGGACGAGGCAGCGCUGGUUCAUGCCGCUCGGGCUUACAGGUGUACCCUGCGGGCCCGGACCUCAGAGAAGCUGGUAGUGGAUCUGCCAGGCCUGGGCCACCUCACAGUGCCCCUGCUGCACGUGCUGCCCUUCGACUCCCUCCGCAAGAGGAUGUCUGUGGUGGUGCGACACCCUCUCACCAGCCAAGUGGUGGUCUACACCAAAGGGGCCGACUCAGCCAUCAUGGACCUUAUCACCACACCCAAAGACGACAGGCAGGCUGCGGACAGACUGCGCCACAUCCGAGAGCGAACACAGCUCCAUCUGGACGACUACGCCCGGCAAGGACUUCGAACCCUGUGCAUAGCCACAAAGGUCCUGGAAGAGGAGGAUUAUGCAAUGUGGCUGAAGAGACACAGCUACGCGGAGACCAGCAUAGAGAACCGAGAGGAGCUGCUGCAAGCAUCUACAAGUGAACUGGAGACCGACCUGACCCUGCUUGGUGCUACAGGAAUCGUGGACCAGCUGCAGGAGCAAGUCCCAGAGACCAUCGAGGCGCUGCAGGCAGCUGGGAUACGGGUCUGGGUCCUGACCGGCGACAAGCAGGAGACUGCAAUCAGCAUCGCAUGUUCUUGCAAGCUGCUGCGAGCAACAGACAAGCUGCUGACUGCCAACUGUGCCAACAAGGAGGCUUGUGAAGUAUUGCUGGCAGACCUGUUGAAGACCGUUGAGGACGGAAGGGGCGCCAUAAGCGGUUUCACGCUCGUUAUCGACGGCUGGACGCUGGAGCUGGUGCUGCGGGGGGGCCUGGAAGAUUCCUUCCUGAAGCUGGCUGGGUGCUGCAGGGCUGUCAUCUGCUGCCGCUCUACCCCCCUCCAGAAGAGCCAGGUGGUCCAGCUGGUGCGGGAUAAGUUGGGGGUCGUGACCUUGGCCGUGGGUGAUGGUGCCAAUGAUGUAAGCAUGAUCCAAAUGGCAGAUGUGGGAAUUGGAAUUUCAGGCCAGGAAGGCAUGCAGGCUGUGAUGUCCAGUGACUUUGCCAUCUCCAGGUUUAAGCACCUCCGUAAGCUGCUUCUUGUUCACGGACACUGGUGCUACACCAGGCUUGCUAACAUGAUCCUCUACUUCUUCUACAAGAAUGUGGCCUACGUGAAUCUCCUUUUCUGGUACCAGUUCUUCUGUGGUUUCUCAGGCAGCACCAUGACCAAUUACUGGGUUCUCAUCUUAUUCAACCUGCUGUUCACCUCUGCCCCACCACUGCUGUAUGGCAUCCUGGAUAAGGAUGUGUCUGCUGAUACUCUUCUGCAGCUGCCUGUCCUCUACCAGGCAGGACAGGACUCUCUGACUUACCUGCCUUCCACGUUCUGGUACACCAUCCUGGAUGCACUUUACCAAAGUCUUGCCUGUUUCUUCGUCCCUUACUUUGCAUAUGCUGACUCUGACAUCAGCGUAUUUUCCUUGGGCACGCCCAUUAACACUUCGGCCCUGUUGAUCAUCCUCCUGCAUCAGGUGAUCGAGAGCCGGACACUGACAUGGAUGCACGGUGCAGUACUGCUGGGCAGCGCCUUCCUCUACUUUGUGUUCAUACUCGUGUUCAGCAGCACGUGUGUCACCUGCAACUCCCCCUCCAACCCCCUGGGCAUUGGAGUGAGACACGUGUCAGAUCCGCUCUUCUACUGCGUGUGUCUCCUCACUACUGUGCUGGCACUGCUGCCCAGGAUCCUGUACCGCAGCAUAAGCAAUAGCAUCUGCCCGCCUGACCUGGUGAAAGCAGCCCAGAUGGACAGGCUGAACCCUGACGAGCGGAAGAGAAGCAUUCAGCUCUGGAGAGCCAGUCAGCUGGCAGCUCUGGAGAGCCAAUCAGGUGGAGGCGGGCCCCUUCUUAUCAACGCGGAGGAUGAGGCCUACAGACAGGGUGUCGGCGCCACAGGCUCUGCUGUCUCCUGAUCUCAGCAAAGACCCAGUUCCUGACCCACACACUACCUAUGCUGAUCUGAGAGCCACAGCAAAUGCCGGUAUUCUGAUGGCCUUUUGUUAAGUGCUAAAGACUGACAUAACCUUCAGCGCCUUAACCCCAGGUACUUAAGGGACUGGCUGCCCCUGAUUUCUCAGUUGUAUGACGUUUUGGAUAAAAGCUCCUGGUCAAUAAAUAUAAAUGUAUUAUGCUACAUGAGAUGUUUGUUUCCUGUAGGCUGAAACUGGGAAGACCACACAACCUUCAUUUAUGGCUUUUGAGAGUCGAUAUAAUUACUUGUCUUGAUUGACUAUAUGACUGUAUCGUGCAGCAUUUCUGAAUACACUGAGUGGUUUCUGUGCAUUCCUAAACACCAGCUUUUGACAGAACUCUUUCAAUUACAUUGUCUAGUGCGGGUUCACUAUAAUUGUCAGGAUAGCUAACAGAUAUUUGUGUAGUGAUGUGUGCCUGAAAUGAUAUAAAGUGUUAAAAUUUUGUCCCCUACACUGGUUGUGAGAAAGCACACAUUUGGUCACUUCAGACAAGACACAAUGCAUUAUUUAGAGUUGUUGGUGACAGAUUUCAGAGAAAAAUAAUCUUAGGCUGAAUCGAAUCUAUUGCUGCAUUUAUGUUCUGCUGUUGUAACUGGCUCAGCUAGUUUUCAUAAGUCGGACAGUUCAUUAGUAAGUACAGGACUUUACCUAUUUUUGGGAAGUCGCUCAUUGUGUGCUUGUUGCAUUCUGCAGUGAUAUGUCAUCAGAUUUACUGAUGCCAUUGUUACUUGAUGACCUAGUUUGUCCUGUUUCGCACAAAUUCUAUUAAUGACAUCGUCAUGAUACCUGGUGAUUUGUUUACAAGCCAUGUGACAGUUGUCUAGUAUAUUAGCAGCCUCAAUACAUGCACUUCUGAUAUCAGAAUGAGUUCCUCUUCGUGUGCCCUCUUCAUGCAUGGGAGACGGAUGUGGCCUUAUGGUCAGUUCUUGGGAGUUUUACACAAAAAUGUUCCAAGGGCAGGAGGAACAAUGAUUGCUUCAGAGAGAGAACCAAAUUGAUUGUAGAGGAGGUGAGCCCAAGCAAGUAGAGUAGGUAAGACCAACCAAUCAGAUGUUUUGGUCCUGCCUCCUCGAGUUUUUGGACCCACCUCCUCUACAAUUUGAUUGGUUAUCUCUCAACCAAUCAUUGUUCCGAAUGCCCUCAGAACAUUUUUGUGUAAGUAAAACACCCAUGAGCUUACAUUCAUGCAAUGCUUUCAUAAACAUUUUUGUAUUGUGCAGAUAAAACAUGGAGGCAGAUUGAUCUCACUGUAAUCAAUAAGUAUUUUCUUAUUGUUUUUGUAGCUCGGUUUUUAAACAAGAAUUUGAUACAAUGAUGAAUGCACAUGUAAGGUAUGCAUUGCACGUCUAUACCGCUCUGUAAACAUUGCUGCAGUAAAUCUUUUGUACCAAUCAUUGUAGAUUGUGCAGGUUUACUCUCACUACACCGUACCUUUUAGGGGUAUCAGUGUGUAUUCCUAUAAACCCAGUCUACACUAUAAAAUUUUGCAAAUAAAUCGUUAAUAUAA